CCACAAUAUACCCAACAUGACUCUUCACACGCGCGGUAAAGAGAUCAAGAUAAGGAAAGUUAAGCAGAUUAAGCGCGCGAACCUCGGCAUCUCCUCAAGUCUGUCAAUUUAACUUUAUUGCCAUCUUUCCUUCUUGUGAUGGCAUGCAUGUGUAAGCGUCAUACUCUCGUCUCAUAUCUUUUCUUUGCCUCCUUUUCAACACAUAGAUUUGCUGUUCCCUAGAUUUCAAUACUAGAUUUCAAUACUGGGUUUCAUUUACAUCCUUUCCUGUUACAUUCAAAAUCAUCAACAUGAGUAAAGCAGGAGAUUUCGCCCCUGUCCGUCAGGAUAUUGCAAAGCUUCUACACCAACCAGAGUACGACGAUGGGAGUGCAGGUCCGGUACUCGUGCGACUUGCAUGGUAGGUUGCCAUCGUCCCUUGCAUGAACACGAACAUGAACAUGAACAUUUCUUUUCCCGCUUAUCAAGACUAAUAGCUGAAAGGCACUCUGCCGGAACAUACGAUGCAGAAACUGAUACUGGUGGAUCGAAUGGAGCCGGCAUGCGAUAUGAAGCUGAAGGAGGGGACCCCGCGAAUGCCGGAUUACAACAUGCACGCGUCUUCCUAGAGCCAGUCAAAGCCAAGUACCCAUGGAUUACAUACGCCGACCUUUGGACGCUCGCGGGAGUUGUGGCGAUCAAGGAGAUGGGAGGUCCUGAUAUUCCAUGGCUGGGAGGACGAACGGAUUAUGUUGAUGAUUCGAAAUUGCCACCCAGGGGACGACUUCCGGAUGCGGCUCAGGGGGGUGAUCAUCUACGAUGGAUUUUCAACAGAAUGGGGUUCAAUGAUCAGGAAAUUGUCGCGCUUUCUGGAGCACAUAAUCUUGGUCGCUGUCAUAGUGAUCGUUCGGGAUUCGAAGGAGCUUGGGUCAACAAUCCUACUCGAUUUUCAAACCAAUACUUUAGACUCCUCUUGUCUUUGCAAUGGAAGAAAAAGACCUUGGCAAACGGCCUGGAGCAAUUCGUCAACUACGACGAGGACUCGGAAACUGAGUUGAUGAUGUUGCCGACCGACAUUGCUCUCACCCAAGACAAAGCAUUCAUGAAAUACGUCGAGUUAUACGCCAGGGACAAGGAGACAUUCUUUGCGGAUUUCACCAAAGUCUUCUCCAAACUCAUCGAGUUGGGCAUCGUGAGGGAUGGAGAGGGAAAGAUCUUGAAUACAGACAACCAAAAGGGUGGAUAUCAUUCUGCUCCCAAGAAGUCUGGAAAACCAGGAAGUCCGGCCAAAUCGACGGACGACAAGGUAUCACCAAGCGAGGCUGCACCACUGAAGGAUCAGAACGAGAAGUUUCAGGCAAAACUGUAAUAUGUGGUGUAUAAGAGAUGUACAACAUGAACUAGACUUAGAUUUUAGACAAGACAGACUUUGCAAGAAAUCGAAAGCAUUUUUACGGUUUC